AGCGGUUGCUGCUUCAGUCGGAGUUGUUGCUAUAAUCGUAUUUACAAUUCUUGUAUUAUUCAUUUUCCGGAAAAGAAGAGCAAGUAAGCGGGCUUCCUAACAUUUCAAUUACAUUUGACAGAAAAACCACACGCAAGCAGCGUAACUAGUAAUUCCACCAAUGCAGGCGCUCACUUUACUAGAUGUGGGUCAGCAAUGGACGUGAGUGUCUACCGUGAUCCUACAACAGCAGUGAUAAACAAACCUACACAAGCAUCAACCCAAAGUUCAAGUUGCGCUGUUUCUGACGGUACAACGACAAGUGCUUAUUCUACUAAACAGGAAACAGCAAUGGACGUGGAGGUAAUAUACCGUGAGCUGGAGCCGACGUAUACAACAACAACAAUGAACGAAUUAACACAAGCACCAAUGGAGGAGGAGGAUGGAUAUCGAGUGAGAGUUACAGAAAACGUAAUAAAAAAGAGAGAAGAAGAGAAGCAGCAAGGCAUGUACACGUAUUUGGAUGAUUCAGAGGCAACUUCAAAAGAGCAAAACACAUGCACAACGUCACUAAAUGGAAACGAUGAUGAUAAUGUAUACUGGGAACCGGCUUCUACGGAACGGGAACUUUACGGUCAACUCGAGGGGCGCAGAUUUAGAAAGAUCGACAGAAGUGACGUCACCGACAGAAAAGAGAUCGGAUCAGGAGAGUUUGGCGUGGUAGAGAAAGCAGUGUGGAUAGUGAAUGAUAGAGAGAAGCUGACAGUGGCAGUCAAGACUCUGACAAAUGAAGCUAAUGCUGAUGAUCGCGUCAAAUUUCUUCGUGAGGCAGCAAUUAAUGGUCAAUUUCGGCAUCGAAAUGUUGUCCGUCUUCACGGUGUUGUCACCGUUGGAUCUCCAAUAAUGCUGGUUUUGGAAUACAUGAAAAAUGGUGAUCUUAAGCACUACCUUGUGAGACAAAGACAAGAGGGGAACGAACAGUGUUGUCUUUUAGGAUUUAGGGAGACAUUACUGAAAAUGUGUCGUGAUAUCGCAAGUGGAAUGGAAUAUCUUUCACGCAAGUCUUUCGUUCACAGAGAUUUGGCUGCAAGAAACAUUUUGUUGAACACAGAGUUGACUUGCAAGAUUGCAGAUUUCGGUAUGACACGUGACGUUUCUGACGACAACUACUAUGUGACAAAAGGCGGGAAAGUUCCAAUGAGAUGGUGCGCUCCUGAGACUUUGAAUUAUAAACGAUAUUCGUCAGCCAGUGACGUGUGGAGCUAUGGAGUUGUCCUCUAUGAAGUGUGGUCGGUAGGUCGACGUCCAUUUGGUUCAAUGAAAAACUGUGAGGUAAUGGGAAAAGUUGAGAUUGGAUAUCGUCUUCCUCCUCCUCCUGGAUGUUCUCGUUCCCUAUAUCAUCUUAUGAUUGACUGUUGGCAUUCCGAUCGCCACGAGAGACCGAGUUUUGGGGACAUCGUGCAGAGACUUGGAGGAAGUGAAGAAUUUCUUCUGACUAACAGACAAGACGAGGAGGCGAUUGAAGGAAAACUGGGAGACGCGCUAGACGUGUCAAGCAACUGCUAUACAGACUUGCAACACAUUUAUGCAAAAUACUGAUUGUAAACGAGUUGAUUGUAUUUACUAAAAAUUUUGCUCACUCUAGCUACUUGUAUUGAGCAAUAUAAUUGUGUGUACAACUAUUUUUACUGUAUCUUACAAAUCUAAUUGUUAUGCAAAUUGAAUAAAUCAUAUG